AAACUUAGGCGGAGUAGUAAACAAAGUCAGACGUUCACGAUUUAAAAAACACUGCUCUGCUUGCUCCGGCUAAAACUUUUCCGCUGUUACAGAUCUUUUUUAUAAGUUUUAAGUUGUGGAAAUGGCAAUGAAAGUAAAAGAUUUUAGGAUAUCUCAGGUUUGGGAUGUCCUAAGACACCUAGAUGCUUCAGCAGUCGGUUCUAAACGCACAACUCUGAAGUUUAACAAAGCAAACCAGAACAUCGAGCUUCACUUUCCAGUCAGCUCCUCCGCAGACAUAAGCGCUCUUCAGAAAAUUUCUGGCAGUGAAGUUUGCCAUCAAAGAAAAAGUGCCAAAGCUGUGGUGACAAUUGACAAGUCGCAGUUUGUCCCUGAAGUUGUCAAUUCUGUAAUUUCCAAACCUAAAUCUUUCUGGAUUGACAGUCCCUUGUGCAGUGAUAUUAAGCGGCAGAAAGUCCUGGUUGAAUUUAGCUCGCCCAAUAUCGCAAAGCCAUUCCACAUGGGGCACCUUCGUUCCACAAUAAUUGGCAACUAUUUGUCCAACCUAAUGUCUAGUCUUGGACACGACGUGCACAGGAUCAACUACCUGGGUGACUGGGGCACACAGUUUGGUCUGCUGAAUGUCGGUCUCGAGCUAGGACAGGUGUCUGACGAACAAAUAGCUGCAAAUCCAAUCCAAGUGCUGUACGAGAGUUACGUUUUGGCCAAUCGAGAGGCUGAAAAAGAUCCUGGGAUUUUGUCAAGAGCCAGACAAAUCUUCAAGCAGAUGGAGGAUGGCGAUUUUGCUGAAACGGAACGAUGGGAGAAGUUCCGGCAGUACACAAUUAACGAGCUGAAGCAAACUUAUCAUCGAUUAGGAGUUGUCUUCGAUGAGUACCAGUGGGAGUCCAUGUUCGGAGCCAAAGAUAUUUCUUCUGUUAUUGCAGAAUUGGAGAGAAUGAACCUUUUAAACGACAACCCAGAUGGCAAACGGGUUGUGAAAGUAGGCAAUCGCAACGUGACCCUAGUCAAGAGUGAUGGCACCACUCUUUACCUCACCAGAGAUGUUGCAGCAGCAAAACACAGAUUUCAGCAGCACAAAUUUGAUCAGCUUCUUUAUGUGGUUGAUAACGGUCAAGGGGAUCAUUUCAUCGCCCUGAAGCACAUCCUCAAAAGCUUGGACCACCCAUGGAGUGACGGUAUCACGCAUAUUAAGUUUGGAAGAAUCCACGGCAUGAGCACUAGGAAAGGCCAGGCUGUCUUCCUCAAGGAUAUUUUGGACGAAGCCCGCGAGAGAGCGACAAUAAGGCAGAACAUCUCUAAAAAUACAAGGGUAGGGUCUGAUGACAGAUCAGCAGAGGUGCUAGGCGUGAGUUCUGUGAUAAUUAACGACCUGAAGCAACGCAGACAAAAGGACUACACUUUUGACUGGGAUAAAGCCCUGCAGAUGCAAGGAGACAGCGGCUCACGUUUGCAGUACACACACUGCAGGCUAUGUUCUUUGCGAGAAAACAGUGGAGCGAGACCAGCCAACGAGUGCGACGCCUCCCUCUUAACCGAGUCUCACGCAACAGCCCUGGUUACUGAGAUUGCAAGAUUUGAUGAGAUCCUUAGAGCUUCUUAUUUGGAACUGGAGUCUUGCAUUUUAGUGAACUACUUGUUCUCUUUAUGCAACCACAUCAACCAAGCGUUCCAACAUUUGACUGUCAAAGGUCAGCCACCUGAGAUUGCGUCGCAAAGAAUGCUCUUGUUCACCGCAGCCAAAAUCGUGCUCUCAGAAGGACUGGAAAUUUUAGGCAUAGAGCCUCUGGAGAAAAUGUGAUCAUGCAAGUAUAGGAAUAUAAUUUAAUGAAACACUGAGUUUUGUUUUUUAUUAUUCAAUCAAUCAGAUGUAAUUUAAUAAAUGAAGUAUUUAACAAAGUUGCAUCUUGGCCUGUAAACUAUGCAAGAAGUUUCUAGAUAACAUUGGCCCAAACAUGAAAUGAAGAUAUUAUAGAUACAGAAACAUUACACAAACCCAUGUGUAAAAAUCGUUUUUGUUGAAGUUUUUUUUAAGAUUUUGUCGUAGAUUGCUAGAAAGGCUUAAUACAAAAACUCGAUCAGUAUAUUUUUGUGAUUUGCAUUUCAUUUUUCUAGAAAUUCGAGCGUGCGGGAUCUGAAAAUGAUUUUGAGGGAAACAUUCCGACUGGAUUAUUAAAAUUUAGGUGGUCUUGUGCUGUACAUGUGUGCUGUCGUUUUUUAAUUCUUAGUUUGCUUACUCUUACUCGAAGGAAGGCGUUCACGGGGAGAUUAAAAUUUAAAAAGAGAGUCCUUACAAAAUUUCUAUACAUUGGUUAGCAUUCCUCUUCAAUCAGCCAGAUCAUAUAUACACUUAAAAGACAACCAAAUUCCGUUUCGUCGUAGAUAGAACAAAAAUGAGGAAUGGUAAAUUAAUGGGUUUAGCAAUACAGUAAAAUGAUGCCAACACAGUUUGGGUGUAUUAUAAUAUGGACAGUUAUGGGUCGCUUUACAAAAAAGUGGUACCAAAGAAUAUUUUAUAAGAAAACUGCUACGGCAAGAUGCCGAGCUGCCUUACUACCUGUGAAAAACUGAAAAACGACCUUCAUGGGCAAGACUUGCACAAAACUUGAAUAUUUUGUAUGGCAAUGAAAACUUGCUUUUCAACAAUUCAAAUCUGAGUUGACGAAUUUUCGGUUAGGACUAAAAAAAUAGCAAUUGGCUCGUUGUCUGUUGUUGAAGAGGUGAAAAAAGAACAACUGUAAAAGAGACAUAGUAAUAAUUGCUAUUUUCUUUGCCCUGCCAAACCCGUAAAAUUCACUUUCUUAUUGAGGUUUUCAGCCUCCAGCUUUCUUACUAAAACUCUGAUUCGUGUUGUUCAAAAGCAUAUUUUUUCUAGUCGAAAAACUAGCUGCACAAAAUUCAAGUGUUUUUGAGCGGUCUUGUCCAACACCACAGCGUGCGCGAGUCAUCAAAUCAACCACUGGCCUGCUAUUUCGGAUGAAAACUGCUUUGGGAAAUGAUAACGUGAGUAACGUCUGCAGCUGCGUUCUACUUGGCACUUGUAUGUUUGUUAAAACAGUAUCACUGUCGUUUCUCAUUUUUUUUAUAAUUCCUUAAUUAUA